AUGCAAUCGAAUUCAUGGCGAACAAAGGUGUGGCCUAAUCGCCGAUUAAUGCUCAAUAAUUGUUUACUAUUUCUCGGAUUUUUCUUUACGAUUACAUUCGUUCGUACGACCUAUUUUCAACCUGCUGACUCCUACUCCUAUAAUCUUCAAUCGUCCAUCUCGUACAAAACCUUCUUUCAACACUUACAAUCAUAUUCGUAUCCUGUAUCGUGUCAAAAACUUUUCGAAAGUGAUCCAAAUGAAAUUGAGCGCGCAAACAAUCUCUUACGCAACAAAACGAACUCAUAUCCUGCAAUUUCGAACGAGAAAUAUCAUGUACCGAAAAGUCUAUGUAUUAAUUAUCGCUCCGAACGUUUCAAUCAACCCUUCCAUUACCGAGAUUCAUCAAUCAAUCAACAAUUUCCGAUAGCAUUUACUAUUUUACUACAUGACAACGUCGAACAAUUCGAACGUCUCUUACGUCUGAUCUAUCGUCCACAAAAUAUCUAUUGUAUUCAUGUUGAUAGUGGUGCAGAAAGAACGGUUUUCGAAUCUGUGCGAUCUAUUGCCAAUUGUUUCGAUAAUAUUUUCCUAACAAACAAACGUGAACGAGUCCUUUAUGCAACUUUCCGGCGCUUACAGGCGGACUUGAAUUGCAUGGAAGAUCUAUUGAAAUACCCAUCGUGGAAAUAUUUGUUAAAUAUCGCCGGUUCAGAACUACCGUUGAGAACCAAUAGCGAAUUGGUGAAAAUUCUGUCGAUUUACCGAGGAUUCAAUGAUAUUGAAGGCAUAUGGAGAAAUAGAAACGUGCAUCGAUUUGAAUAUGUUUUUAAGUACAAUAAUAAUACGCGUGGAACACAUGAAUCUUAUAUCAGCAGAACAGACGAAAGAAAGAAACCACCUCCGCACAAUAUUUCAAUUUUCAAAGGAUCUGCUUAUGGUGUAUUUUCUCGUGGAUUUGUCAAUUACAUACAAACAAAUCCAAUUGCUAAAGAUCUGUUGAAUUGGUCACAGGAUACUUACAGCCCUGACGAACAUGUUUGGGCAACAUUAAACUAUAAUACACAUUUAAAAGUUCCCGGUGGAUCUAAAGCACAAACUGACCCUGCCAAAUGGACAGGCCGGUUCUGUAAUUGGGGUGAAUACCAAUGUCAUGGUACUAUCAUACGUGGUAUAUGUGUAUUUGGUACCGCUGAUUUACCAUUACUAGCUGGUCGUCAUGAGUUGAUUGCCAAUAAAUUCUAUCUCAAAGUCGAUCCCAUUGCUUACCAAUGUUUCGAAGAGCUUCUUGUCAAUCGCUCGAAAUUUCAAUUACCAUUAGCUAAUGCACAAAUAUAUCGUCAAAUGUCUUUUUUAUCAUCUCCGUAA